CUGCUCCCCAGAAGGCUUUGGGCUGAUGUGAGGAACCUUUGGAACGACUGGUCACUCCGUUGUGCCAUGAUCAUUCCAAGAAAGUCCACGGAGGAUGAGAAAAAACCAAAGACUUUAAAGUACCUGGAGAGUACGCCCGCAGCGUUCAAGGAGAUUGCUGACGCCAUCCUAAUCCUAGACACCGGAGAGGAGCUGCCAGCUCAUAGACAAGUGCUCGCCCUGAAGUCAGAGGUCUUCUGUGGCAUCUGUGAGAGUGCUCCAAGCAGCACAGGCCCAGAGAACAAGCUGCACAUCCCCCUGCCGGAUUGCAGCUCCGAGGAAGCCAGAAUCUUCCUUGACUUCAUAUACAACAACACACCUGUGUCAGAUCCUCCAGCUGCAGAGUCAUUGACGAAGGUUGCCCAUAAGUUCAACGUCAAGUCGGCGCUGCAGUACUGCGACAACUUUCUGGCGCAGAGGGCGGAUGAGGAUGUGAAUUUCCUCCAGCUCAGCUCGAGGAGGGACCCGGCGUCGCGCAGCGUGCUGGACUGGGCAGUGAUGGCCAACAUGUUCAGCCUGCGCAAGCUCACGGCGCGGUGCGAGCUGUUCAUCAUGAAGCACUUCCAGGGCUCGCCCUCCUCGCGACGCAUCCUUGCCACGCUCAGCCCCGAGUCCCAGCUGCGCAUCUACAAGGGAUGCGCAGAGGCGAAGCCGACAUGCACCGCCACAUGUCAGGCAUGCGGCAGGGUGCUGAUGCAGGGAGAGGCGUUCCACAUCAGCAAGGCGCUGACCACAUGCAACCACGAGGGCUGCACCGGCUGCAUCAAGGCCAAAGCCGCACUCACAGAGUUCCCCCCGCUGGAACUCAUCGAGAGCUGGCAGGAUGUCAAGCGUGGCUGCUUGUGAGUAGUACUAUUACAGGCCGGCAAACCCAUGGGCAUGUUGUGAGCACCAGAUCACAAGGCCCGAAUAACGGCUGUGCAUGUUGCUGUAUAUUUUGUUGUACGAUCAGUUGCUCAUUUUGGUUUGCCGCACCAGAGAGGUUAUUUCUAUGUGCAUAAUAAGGUCUGGCGAGCAGAUUUUUCGUGUGCACAUAAAAUCUGAUAAUGUCAGCAGACACCUUCAUGAUCAUAUAUUGGAUCUACAGUAGCUUGCUGGAGCUGUAGAGCAAAACGCAUUGCUGUGCCAAUACGGCACAUUGUGCCAUUUCUGCAUUAAUGUGAUGCAACGAGAGUGUAAUUUCCAGAUUUGACGUUUUUAAUACCAAUCCAGCGUGCUAUUGAGCAUCUCUUUGGCUGCAAGCGCACUUGACAGUACUGUGCAGACAAUGUCCUCAGCACUUUCAACCUAAGGAAAGUUCAAAUUUACAGC